GUCUAAAUGAGCCUAAGCCAUAUGAAAUAAUUUCUCACAAAUGGAAACAUAAUGAUGUAUUCUUCCACCAUGAAGUCACCCUCGUUGGUCUUUUUUUAAAGAGUAGACUUCCUGUCAGCUGUUCAUCUCAUCUAAAAUUCUUUUCCUUCAUUACAACCUAGAACCGGCCAUUUUCAACAGAAGAGAGAGCCAAAUAGAAAUCAUGGAUGGUUUAGAGAACUAAAUGGAAAUGCUUAGCAUACAUGAUAACAAUAAGGAAGAGAAAUGGAUAAGGCAUUACAGCAGUUGUCAUAAAAUACUACUGGUAGGAGAAGGUGAUUUUUCUUUUGCUGCUUGCUUGGGCAAAGCCUUUGGUUCUUCUGUAAACAUAAAAUACCAUGAUGCUGAAGUAUUCAAGAGCUGCAACAAACUUAAGGGAGCUAGAGGAACUUGGAUGUACCAUAAUGCAAGGAGUUGAUGCACAUACUAUGAUCAAGCAUCCUCUUCUGAAUCAGAAGUUGUUCGACAGGAUAGUCUAUAAUUCUCCUGCUACAGCUCUCAAAAGGAGUGAAUCAAAUACUCGCCAAAUUGAGAAACAUCAAAGGUUGGUGGAGGGCUUCCUGGAGAGUGCUUAUGACAUGUUGGAAGUGAUUGGAGAAAUUCAUGUGACUCAUAAAACCACAGAGCCUUACAGGAAGUGGGAUAUCGAGAGAUUAGCAGAGGAUGCUGGCUGUGCUUGGUUGAGAAAGUUAGGUUCAAGAAAGCUGACUAUCCAGGAUUCAACAAUAAAAGAGGAUCCGGGCCUAGAGCUGAUCAGGCCUUUUCUGCUGGAAACUGCUGUACCUUCAAAUUUACCAGGAUUUCUUGAGAUGGAACCAAAACAGGCACUGAAACCUAAAUUCCUGCCUCUGUUCCCUGCUUGCAUGGCAGAGAAGUACCGACAUUCCUGUUGUUAAUUACCAAUCGCAUGAUAUUCUCCUAUAUAUGUAAGAACAUGGAAUUAAUCAAAUAUUUUGUUUCUAUUUUA